AUGUCAGGUUGGGGUAACUUUUUUAAUGUGUUUGAUAACGAGGCGAAUCAGGGGAGUUAUGAUAACAAUGAAGAUAACAAAGCGGGCAUGUUUGAUCUGAAUGCUCCGUUCGAUCCCAUUCUUGCGUCUGAUGCAGGUCAGGAUACUUGGGGUUUGGAUGCAAUUCAGCCUAAUUAUGCUGGUUAUUAUCCAUCACAACACCCGGUUAAUUUUGAAGCCCCUCCUGUUAGUUUUGGACCACCGACUGAUAGUUCUCAGUCUCCUCCCAUAAGUGAUGGACCGCCGGAGGGUCCAAAUGCUGACCAGGAACGUAGUGAGUUUCAAAACAAGCAGAAAUUCGCUAGCAUGGACGAAUUGGUAGAGUGGUGUAGAGACGUUGGACGCGUAAAUGGCUACGCCCUCGUCACCAAACGCACCAUCUACGAUAAACAGGGUAGCGGUCAGCCGUUAAAAAUCUGGCUUACGUGCGAUUGUGCCGGCGAGUACAAAUCAACAGCCACGGUCAGACGCAGCGGGACCAGGAAAACCGGUUGCAAGUUCCAACUGAUCGGGGCAUACAAAAAGAGGUUAGGCUAUUGGGAUCUAAAGGUUGAUGAAGCUAAACAUAACUACGAACCAUUUCUGUAUCCAGAGGGUCAUCCGUCCCUAAUGAGGCUGACUCCAUCAGAAGAGAGGACGGUGGAGCAAAUGACGCAUCAGAACAUAAAACCACGAGACAUUCUUGCUGCCAUUAAAGAACAGAACCCCUAUAAUGUCUCAACAAGAAACACCAUAUACAACGCUCGGGCCAAAUUAGGUCGAAUGGAACAAGUCGGCGAGACUCCAAUGCAGAUACUUUUCGACCGGUUGGGGAAGGUUGGGUUUGUUUUUUACCAUAGAACAUCUCAAAACGGCGAACGGGUCGAGGAUGUUUUCUUCAUCCACCCGGAGUCGAACAUGUUGUGGCGCGCCUUCCCGCAUGUGUUGCUUAUAGACGCCACCUACAAGACGAAUCGGUACAAAAUGCCGCUAGUCCAGAUUAUCAGUGUUACAUCCACGUUGAUGUCGUUUUGCAUUGCUCAUGCGUUCGUAAGCAACGAGAAACAGGAAAACUUCACAUGGGUUCUACAGAGGUAG